CCGGGCGCCGCCGCUUGGGUCGCUCGGCCGGGCGGGCGCGGACAUCAUGUACGGGUUCGUGAAUCACGCUUUGGAGCUGCUGGUGAUCCGCAACUACGGUCCGGAGGUGUGGGAGGACAUCAAAAGAGAGGCACAGUUAGAUGAAGAAGGGCAGUUUCUCGUCCGAAUAAUAUACGAAGAUUCUAAAACAUAUGAUCUGGUUGCUGCCGCAAGCAAAGUCCUCAAUCUCAAUGCUGGAGAAAUCCUCCAAAUGUUUGGGAAGAUGUUUUUCGUCUUUUGUCAAGAAUCUGGUUAUGACACAAUCCUGCGUGUGCUGGGAUCUAAUGUCAGAGAAUUUCUGCAGAACCUCGAUGCCCUGCACGACCACCUUGCUACCAUCUACCCGGGCAUGCGAGCACCUUCCUUUAGGUGCACCGAUGCAGAGAAGGGCAAAGGGCUCAUCCUGCACUACUACUCAGAGAGAGAAGGCCUGCAGGACAUUGUCAUCGGGAUCAUUAAGACGGUAGCUCAGCAGAUCCACGACACUGAAAUAGACAUGAAGGUUAUUCAGCAAAGAAACGAAGAAUGUGAUCAUACUCAAUUUUUGAUUGAAGAAAAAGAGUCAAAAGAAGAGGAUUUUUAUGAAGAUCUUGACAGAUUUGAAGAAAAUGGUACCCAGGAAUCACGCAUCAGCCCAUAUACCUUCUGCAAAGCUUUUCCCUUUCACAUCAUAUUCAACCGGGAUCUCGUGGUCACUCAGUGUGGCAAUGCCAUCUACAGAGUCCUUCCCCAGCUCCAGCCUGGGACCUGCAGCCUCCUGUCUGUCUUCUCGCUGGUCCGUCCUCAUAUUGACAUCAGUUUCCAUGGGAUCCUCUCACACAUCAAUACGGUCUUCGUACUGAGAAGCAAGGAAGGGUUGUUGGAUGUAGAGAAAUCAGAGUGUGAGGAUGAACUGACGGGCACUGAGAUCAGCUGCUUACGGCUCAAGGGCCAGAUGAUCUACUUACCUGAAGCAGACAGCAUACUUUUCCUGUGCUCACCAAGUGUCAUGAACCUGGACGACCUGACCCGGCGAGGGCUGUACCUGAGCGACAUCCCCCUGCACGAUGCCACGCGGGACCUCGUGCUGCUGGGGGAGCAGUUCCGAGAGGAGUACAAGCUGACCCAGGAGCUGGAAAUCCUCACGGACAGGCUGCAGCUCACACUGCGCGCCCUGGAAGAUGAAAAGAAGAAGACAGACACGUUGCUGUACUCUGUCCUUCCUCCGUCCGUGGCCAACGAGCUGAGGCACAAGCGUCCGGUGCCCGCGAAGAGGUACGACAACGUGACCAUCCUCUUCAGCGGCAUCGUGGGCUUCAACGCCUUCUGCAGCAAGCAUGCGUCUGGGGAAGGGGCCAUGAAGAUUGUCAACCUCCUCAACGACCUCUAUACCAGAUUCGACACUCUGACGGAUUCCCGGAAAAAUCCAUUUGUUUAUAAGGUGGAAACGGUCGGUGAUAAGUACAUGACGGUGAGUGGGUUACCAGAGCCCUGCAUCCACCAUGCACGUUCCAUUUGCCACCUGGCUUUGGACAUGAUGGAAAUUGCCGGCCAGGUCCAGGUAGAUGGUGAAUCUGUUCAGAUAACGAUAGGGGUUCACACAGGGGAGGUAGUCACCGGUGUCAUAGGACAGAGGAUGCCUCGCUAUUGUCUUUUUGGAAAUACUGUCAACCUCACAAGCCGAACAGAAACCACUGGACAAAAAGGAAAAAUAAAUGUGUCUGAAUAUACAUACAGAUGUCUCAUGACACCAGAAAAUUCAGACCCACAAUUCCAUUUGGAGCACAGAGGCCCAGUGUCCAUGAAGGGCAAAAAAGAGCCAAUGCAAGUUUGGUUUCUAUCCAGAAAAAUUACGGGAACAGAGGAAACAAAGCAGGAUGACAACUGAAUCUUGGACCUUGAGGUGAAGAGGACGGGGUGAGGUCCAGUCUUCCGCUAACUCCUGCCAAGCCUGGGAGCAGUCAUUCCCUUGGUCCUUUUCCAUUUCCCCAAGCCUUUCUCCUGGUUACCUCUUCCCUUAUUCAUUAUUCAGCUUGAGCUCUGCUUGUGAGUAUUUUCAAGGUUUAGUAUAUUACCUGAAGUUUGGCUUCGUGUGGGUGAUGUGAGCUUCACGUGUCUUAAAAUCUACUACAGGCAUCACCUAACAUGGUGACUUGCAAGUAGUAGACACCCAGUAAAUAUUUGUUGAAUUUAAUUAAAUGAAACAGAACAGUAUUUGGCCAUGUCUCUCUCUCCCUCUCUCUCUCUCUCUCUCUCU